AUGCCGGCCGCCGACGAAACUCAAAUUCCACUAUCUCUCUACUUAUGGCGACGAAUCAGGCAACUCGGCACCCAGAGCAUCAUGGGCGUCCCAGGUGACAUGAACCUCGAGCUUCUCGACUAUCUCUAUGACGUUGAUGGGCUUUUUUGGGUCGGAAACGCCAAUGAGCUCAAUGCUGCCUACGCUGCUGAUGGCUAUGCUAGGGUCAAAGGAAGUCCAGGAGUCGUGGUCACUACCAUGGGUGUUGGUGAACUAAGUGCCUUGAAUGGGGUGGCUGGCGCCUACACCGAGGUCAAGCUGAUCCAUAUUGUCGGCACUACUGCAACACAUGUUCAAGCCAAGCGUCUCAUGAUACACCAUAAUUUAGGUCCCAAUCCAGAUCACAAGGUCUUUGAGAAGAUAUCAAGCCACGUUCGUUGCGCACAUGCAUGGCUAGAUGACCCUGCCACAGCUGCAGCUGAAAUUGAUAGAGUGAUCAUGAAAUGUCUGGUUGACUCUCUUCCGGUUUAUAUUUUUGUUCCGAUGGACUUUGUCCACGUUCCUGUUGAUGCGGAACCUCUCCUCACGCCGAUCAAAGCAGAUUUUCCGGUCGACAAACAUCAGGAAACACGGGCUGUCUCAAAAGUUGUUGAGGCUAUCCAAAAUGCUCGUCGCCCGGUCUUGCUAGUCGACUGCUUGACUGAUCGCCAUCAAGGGCUGGAGGAAGCAAGAGAAUUGGCAGAUCUGCUUCAAUUCCCCAUCUUCUCGACGUCCAUGGGCAAGACAAUCAUUAGCGAAGACCAUCCAUACUAUUUUGGCAUCUAUAAUGGGUCCGUGUCGUAUCCUGGAGUGAAAAGUGCGGUUGAAGAAAGUGACUGUAUCCUCAAUUUGGGGCCACUCCUAGCAGACAGCAACACUGGUGGCCUUACCAGGAAUAUUGAUGAUUCACGGGUUAUACUAAUUGAGCCAAAAAGCUGUACAGUGGAGUUGCAAUUGACAAAAGUAGUUUUACGAAGACUAUUAACAAGUCUAGGAUCCCUAGAGAGGCGUGCGGUUCCGCUCCCCAGUCUUCCUGAUCAGCCAGCAGAGGUAGAAUCCGAAUCAGAGACCAUCACACAAUCCUGGAUUUGGAAGCGACUGGGCGCCUUUACCAAAAAGGGAGAUGUUUUGAUCGCAGAAUCCGGCACAGCCCAAUUUGGAUUUCCUGACGCCAAGUUCCCAACAGGGGCGAAAUACGUGACGCAAGUGUACUACGGAAGUAUCGGAUACUCUGUCGGAGCUUGUCUUGGCGUGGCUCUGGCUCAAAGAGAGCGAAAGACGGAAUCAGGAUGCCCCGGUAGAACUAUCCUCGUAGUUGGGGACGGUAGUUUGCAAUUGACCGUUCAAGAGAUUGGUACAAUGAUUCGCCUGGGUCUCAAUCCAUUGAUUAUUGUUAUCAAUAACAGAGGCUACACCAUUGAGAGAGCUAUUCAUGGCCCAAAUGCAGGCUAUAAUGAUAUUUCAACCUGGAAAUAUCAACUGCUACUGAAUUUCUUUGGCGCCGAAUAUCCAGAACAAUCAUCUCGUGAGGUUCGAACUAAAGAAGAAAUGGAAGCAGUCCUUUCUUUAGAUGACUAUCUAUCUGCCACUAGCAUCCAACUAUUAGAAGUGCAUAUGAGCGCACUGGAUAUUCCUUGGCGCUUAAAGAAUCAAAUUGCUAUCAUUAAUGCAAGAGGAAAGGCCAAGGCGACGGGAAUUCAAACUAUUCAUAGUAUUAACCCUCUUUAG